UGUAAAAUUUUUGGAAGACAACAUAAGUAUGGGUACGUACCGUACAACCGGUACUUAGUACCCGUUUCCAUAAGAGUACGAGUACGUUCGACCAGUAGAAGAACCCAUCACGUAAUGAUGAGUUCCAAGUUUCGGAAGACGGAUACUCAUGGUUUUUGAGAGAUCGACAGUCGACAGACCAAGAAUAGUACGAGUACGUACGUACGUUUUGUAUUUCUCAAAAACAGCUCCUUUGUCGAGACGGAGGAGAUACGACGAAGUCAGCAAGUCUAUUUCAAAACAACAUAAUAAAACCUCCUCACUUGCAGUUGUCGUAAAACUGUAAAGUUAUAUUCGGUUGACUGCACAGGGAUUAAGUAAGAUGAAGGCCUUGUUAGCGACGCAUUUCUUUGGUAUUGCCAUUUUAUGCACAUAUGGCGUCAUCGAUCAAGUGAACGCCCUGGCCAAAUCAAAACCCAAGACAAAGGCUGUUCGAUCCGCCGGGGGAGCAGGGUUUGGGACGACUAAGAAAACGAAUUUCAUUCAUACAACGGACACUGGAGAGGAGUCUGAAAAACUACUCAAGUUUCUCAAAGCUCAAAAAGCAAAAGGGCUAGAAAACGUCGACAUUGGUUUCCACCAAGAGACGGGACGACGUGGGCUUUUCUGCACGUCAAAAAUCAAGAAGGGCCAAAAGUUUUGUCAAAUUCCGUCUGCAUGUGCAUUGGCCUUGGCCGAUCCGAGCAAAAAUGGAGAAGACGCUCCCACCCCGGCUCAUCGAGGAGCGAACCUAUUAGAGAUGUACAUGAAGAACGAAGAAGCUAGUAAAUUGUGGAGCCCUUACUUGGACACGUUGCCAACGCAAGACUCGUCCUUGUUUGAUCGAACGCCAGACUUUUUCAUUGAUGACGAUCUUGCUCUCCUAGAAUUUCCCCGUUUGAUAAAUCGAGCGAAGGAACGCAAGAAAGAAAUCGCAGAAGUUGCAGCCCAACGCAGCCUCACUGAAGAAGAAUUGCAAUUUGCAACUUGGUUAACAACUUCGAGACAAUUCAGGUUGUACAUUCCAGCACCUGCGAGUGAGGAAGAUGACAUUAUGCCUGAUGAGGAUGAGAAGGGACAGAUCAUCAGUAAAGGGGGUGAAAAGAAAGCGCUCUAUGUCAUGGUCCCAUUUAUCGAUAUUGCCAAUCACAGCUCCGAUCAACCGAAUUGUAGAAUGACACUGAUUGAUCCCGAAAAGGACGAUGCGUGGUUUGCUUUGGAAGCUACUCGUCCGAUCGCGGCAGGAAAAGAACUGGUAAUUGCUUAUGGAAAUGGACUGGAAUCUUCUGUUGAGUUGCUUCAGAACUAUGGGUUUGUACCGUCAGGCAACAAAAUCGACACCAUGAUGCUGAAAAAAGGAGGCGAUGACAUCAUUUCCAGUUUGGAUGGUUGGACAACAACCUUAGAAGAGGAUAAAACCAUGGCAGCAAUGUGCGAAGACGACCCGGUUCUCCAGAAAAUUCUCAAAUUUCGCAUACAGAUCAAAGAAUCUUACGAUAACUAAACAACCCCUAGCUAGCUGCCCACCAGAUGAAUAAUCAAUGAAUUACUGCGAC